CACCAUCAUUUCAGUGAACAGCCUGGUGAUCACCUGAGAAACUGAAUGGAGAAGAUGGAAACCAAGUACUGCAGCAGUGACAAAGAAGAAACUUUCAAAACAGAAUUGCCAUACUGCAUAGGAGAAAUUGACUUCACAGCUUCUGGGAAGAAACGUGGAAAGUUUAUUAAGGUCCCGUGCACUAUUCACCCUGGAGUUAUAUUUGAAGUCAUGCUCAACAAAUGGAAGCUACCGGCCCCCAAUUUGGUUGUCUCUUUAGUAGGGGAAGAAGAAAAUUUCCAGAUGAAGCCUUGGUUGCGGGACCUUAAAAAAGGACUCAUUAAGGCAGCCCAAAGCACAGAUGCCUGGAUUUUUACCGGCGCUUUACGAGUUGGAAUAACAAGGCACUUGGUGCAAGCAGUCCGAGAUCACGCCUUGGCUAGUACUUCAUCCAAAGUAAGAGUCAUUGCCAUAGGAAUUGCUUCCCUUGGAAAAAUUCAGCACAGAGAAAUUCUGGACAACACAAAGGAUGGAAGUCUUGUACACUACCAAUCAGAUGAUAAUGCCCAAGGCCCACUGUAUUCACUGGACCACAAUCAUUCCCAUUUUAUUUUGGUGGAUCGUGUAACACCAGAUGAGCCAGAUGAGACCACUAAACUACGGCUCACCUUGGAAAAGCACAUUUCAGAACAGCGCACUGGAUAUGGUGGAACAGGCAGCAUUGAGAUCCCCGUGCUUUGCUUACUGGUAAAUGGAAGACCAGGUACACUUGAGAGAAUUUGCAUCGGUUUGGAAAAUUCCGCUCCCUGGCUUAUCUUAACAGGGUCUGGAGGAACAGCUGACAUCUUAGCUGCAUUCAUGGAUGAGCCGCAGCUCAUCAAGCCAGAAGCUGUUGAAAAGCAAUUUAAAGAGAAAUUCCCUGCAGAAAGCUUCCCAUGGAAGGACAUUCUCCAGUGGACAGCAACAAUUCGGAACAUUAUUUCACACCAACAUCUUCUAACGCUGCACAACUUUGAGCAAGACGAUUCAGAACUAGACACAGUCAUUUUAAAAGCUUUAGUGAAAGCAUGUAAAAGUCACAGUCAGGAUGCCCAGGAAUAUCUGGAUGAACUCAAGUUGGCAGUGGCCUGGAAUAGAGUGGACAUAGCUAAAAGUGAAAUAUUCAAUGGUGACGUGGAGUGGAAGUCCUGCGACCUGGAGGAAGUGAUGAUGGAUGCCCUGAUCAAUGACAAACCCGAAUUCGUGAAGUUAUUUAUUGACAACGGAGCCAACAUAUCCGAAUUCCUGACAUACAGUCGUCUGCAGAGACUCUACUGCUCCAUUUCACAGAAGUGCCUCCUCUAUGAACUUCUGUUGAAGAAACAUGAGGAAAGCAAGUUGACUUUGGCAGGGCUCACUGGUCAACAGCAGAAGGAGAUCUCCCCACUCUUCACUCUAAGUGAAGUCUCUAGAGUUCUCAAGGAUUUUCUCCAUGAUGCUUGUAAAGGUUUCUAUCAAGACGUCAGUCAUGGAGGCAAGAACAGAUCAGAUAAAACGAAUUCAAGGCAAUUACCUGGGCCCUUGGAUAUGAACCAGAAAAGUGAAAAGCCUUGGAGGGAUCUGUUUGUAUGGGCAGUACUUCAAAACCGGCACAAGAUGGCAAACUAUUUCUGGGCUAUGGGUCAAGAGGGAGUAGCUUCAGCUCUGGCAGCCUGUAAGAUUCUCAGGGAGAUGUCUCGUCUGGAGACAAAGACAGAAGUAGUGCAUGUAAUGAAAGAGGCCAACUAUGAGCAGCUCGCUGUUGAGCUGUUCAGUGAAUGCUACAGCAACAGCGAGGAGAGAGCAUUUUCUCUGUUGGUGAGGAGAAGUCAGUACUGGAGCAAAACCACCUGCCUGCACCUGGCUACAGAAGCAGAUGCAAAGUCUUUCUUUGCACACGAUGGAGUCCAGGCCUUCCUAACAAAAAUAUGGUGGGGAGACAUGUCUACAAACACACAGAUCCUGAAGUUAAUAUGUGGAUUCUGGUGUCCCUUCCUAAUCUACACAAAUUUAAUAGCAUUCAGUGAGGAAAAACAACCAAAGAAUGAGACAGAGACCUUCAAAGAGCCAGACAGUGUGGAUACAGAAAGGACUUUGUUUCUUUCUAAGGAAGAAUACAGGUAA